AUUCCCUCCCUCCCUCCUCCCUCCCUCCCAGCCCGGGAGCGCCGCGGGCUCCGGACGGAGAGUUGGCCGCGGGUCCUUCCGCGCGGCUGCUUCGGCUCACCUGGGCGCCAGCUCCCAGUCCCGCUCCUCAUCCCCCCAACUCCUCCCAGACCAGCCGGUCCCUCGGGGAGCCGCGGCCGCCCCCGCGCCCGGGGGUCGUUCCCUUGCCUCCUCCGGGUGGCGGGAAGGAAGAGGGGGCGGUGGCCGGAGUCGGGGCGGGCGGCCUGAGGUGAGAGCCCGGCCGGCCCCGCUGGGAAUAUGGCGACCGGUGGCUACCGGACCGGCGGCGGCAGCGGCGGCAGCGGUAGCACCACAGACUUCCUGGAGGAGUGGAAGGCGAAGCGCGAGAAGAUGCGCGCCAAGCAGAAUCCCCCGGGCCCGGCCGCCCCCGGUGGGGGCACGGGCGACGCGGCCGGGAAGCUCCCACCGGGGCCCCUGGGUACUUCGGCCACCGCUGCGGCCAACGAGCUGAACAACAACCUCCCAGGCGGCGCCGCCGCACCUGCCGCCCCCGGCCCCGGGGGCGUGAACUGCGCCGUGGGCCCUGCGCAGCUGAGUCGCGCCGCCCCCGGCCCGCGGCGGCCGGAGGAUGAGUCCCCCGCCGCCGCCGCCGCCGCUUCGGGGGCCGCGCCCGCACGGGACGGAGAGGAGGAGCGGGACGGCGCCCCGGAGAAGGGCAAGAGCUCGGGCCCCAGCGCCAGGAAAGGCAAGGGGCAGAUCGAGAAGAGAAAGCUGCGGGAGAAGCGGCGCUCCACCGGCGUGGUCAACAUCCCUGCCGCAGAGUGCUUAGAUGAGUAUGAAGAUGAUGAAGCUGGGCAGAAAGAGCGGAAACGAGAAGAUGCAAUUACACAACAGAACACGAUGCAAAAUGAGGCUGUAAGCUUGUUAGAUCCAGGAAGUUCCUAUCUGUUACAAGAGCCAUCUAGAACAGUUUCAGGCAGAUACAAAAGCACAACCACUGCCUCUGAAGAAGAUGUCUCAAGUAGAUUUCCCCGAACAGAUAGAAGUGGGUUCAGCAGGUAUAACAGGGAUGCAAAUGCUUCAGGUAAUUUGGUCUCAAGUAGCACAUUGGAAAAGAAAAUUGAAGAUCUUGAAAAGGAAGUGGUAAGAGAAAGGCAAGAAAACUUAAGACUUGUGAGACUAAUGCAAGAUAAAGAGGAAAUGAUUGGAAAACUCAAAGAAGAAAUUGAUUUGUUAAAUCGAGACCUAGAUGACAUAGAAGAUGAAAAUGAACAACUAAAGCAGGAGAAUAAAACUCUUUUGAAAGUUGUUGGACAGCUAACAAGGUAGAAGAUUCAAGGCUCAGUGUGGAAAAAUAUUUUAAAACUACUGAUUGAAUGUUAUGGGCGCUAGGACAGUAUUCCUAUGCUGUAAUACAUUAAACUAACUAAGUAUGUAUAUUUAUUUCUAGAAAACAGUGGAUGUUUAUUUUCAAAAUAUUUCUUUUUCAGUAUCAGUUUCAAAAAGUAUCAACCUUUUAGUUCACGAAUAAGUAACAUCUUUUAGUUAUUAAACUGGUAGGUUAUGCCUCUUUAGGUUUUGUGUGGUAUUCAAAUAAUAUAUGGUUUAAAGUCACAACCAUCUGAAUAUAUUUCAUCUAUGGUAGUGCAUUUUCUCCCUAAAAGAAUAUACAUAGUCUUUGUUUACAUGAAUUCAAACACUUUUUAGGGAGUUACCUGCAAAUGCCUUAUUACUGAUGUGUGCAACCUUUUAUAUGUUGAUGAUUUACUCAUAAAGGUCUUUAUCUACUGUCA